GUAUAUACCACCGGUAGAGUACCGUCGUCGUCGUCGUCCCUCUCUAGCGCCGUCACGUCCCGCUCCCUCCUCCUGUCCAGAACGAUCGGUCUCACUCGUUCUGUCUCUCUCACGUUCGUUCUCCCUCGUCGUUUAUCGUCUCGCUCGCUCACCGUGUACACCCAUUCGCUCUCUCUCACUCACUCUCUCUCUCUCUCUUUAGUUACACACACCAACCGGUGUAUGCGUGCCGUAGCGCGUCCUAACCACGACGACGACCGGCGUUGGAGUCGUUUAGUGUUUCACGAUUUCCCGGUCAGACGAGACGCUGCCGUUCCGCCAGUUCUGUAUCGAUUUCGUCCCGGAGAGCGUGUUGCAGCAAUCUAUUCUGCGUCGGCGGCACAUAACAAUAAUAAUAAAAUAGUAAAUUGUUGUUAUUAUUGACGACAACGAAAAAACGGUAGUAAGCUACAUCAUUAUCGUCGCAGAAGACCACUACACGAUUUAGAAAUCGUCAAUAUGGCAGAAAAUUGGGAUACUAUACCAGGAAUAAAUCAAGAAUAUGGACAGUUAGACCAAAAUGCAACUGAUGGUCUAACAGAUGAAAAUGAUUGGAAUAAUUUAGCCCAAAAUUUCAAUCGUAAGUAUAAAGCAUGCACAAAUUAUACAGAUUGGGAUCCUAUAAAUAACAAUGGUCAUACUGAUGAUGAUAAACUAAUUGAAGAAUUUGUUGAAAAUAAAACUACAAUUAUUGAAUCUUCUGAUGAUACAAAUGCUGGUCGUGACGACUCGAAUCAAACAACAUCUGAUGUUGUUGAACAUCAAGUUGAUACUGCUAAUUAUUAUGAAACUAAUGAACAAAUCAAUACUAAAUGUAUUGAUUCAAAUUCCUUAAAUGAUUCUUGGGGAAAUCCAAUUUCUAGUGAUCAAUAUAAUAAUGACACUGGAAAUUUUUCAAAAUUCAAUGGUAGUACCAAGAAAAACAAUUGUAAUGAAUACCGUCCUGGGAAUUCUUGGAGUAAUGAUAUUGAAACAAAUAACUAUCAAAAAUAUGAAAAAAACGGUUACCAUGAAAAUGUUCGCAGCCACCAGCAAAGCACACGGUUUCCCAAAAAAUCUAAUAAUGAUAAAAGCAAUGGUAAAUUUGAAAAGCCCAUCAAACAAAAAUCAACUUAUAUUCCUCCAGAAUUUGAAGAAAAUGAUGACCUAACACUAGAAGCAGGAUUAAAUUUUGAAAAAUACGAUAAAAUUGAAGUUACAGUGAGUGGAAUGGAAGUACCCAAAAACAUAACAUCAUUUCAAGAUUCUGGUCUGCGUCAAGUAUUAAUAAACAAUUUAACCAAAUGUCAUUAUACUAUUCCAACUCCAAUACAGAAGUAUGCUCUACCAAUAAUUAUGAAUGGAAAAGAUAUGAUAGCUAGUGCUCAAACUGGUUCUGGAAAAACUGCAGCUUUUGUUUUACCAAUUUUAAACAAUUUAAUCAGUGAACCAGCUGAAUUAAUUGUUGAUUACAAUCAUUGCGAGCCACAAGCUUUAAUCCUGUCACCCACUAGAGAACUUGCUAUACAAAUAUGUGAAGUUACAAAGAGAUUGAGCAGAAACACUUCAAUAAAAUGUGAACUACUUUAUGGCGGAACAGCCACUUAUCACCAAAAAGAAAGAAUUUUGAGAGGUGGUGUUCAUAUCAUUGUAGCUACUCCAGGGCGUUUAAUUGAUUUUGUGAAUCGAGGUUUAAUUACUUUUUCAUCUUUGCGAUUCUUUGUACUUGAUGAAGCCGACCGGAUGUUAGACAUGGGUUUUUCACUUGAUAUUGAACAUAUAUUAAAUGAUAAAACUAUGGUGUCAUCGGCAGAGAGAUCAACAGUUAUGUUUUCAGCAACCUUGCCCAUGGACGUUCAACAUAUAGCAAAGUCUUAUUUAAAACCAGAUUAUAUAUCAGUAGCUGUUGGAGUGGUUGGAGGUGCCUGUAAAGAUGUUACACAAACAUUUAUAGAAGUGAAUAAGUUUAGCAAAAAAAAUGCAUUAGUUGCUAUGCUAAAUGAAACAAAUGAUUGUCAGGGAACAAUUGUAUUUGUUGAGCAAAAAAGACAAGCCGAUUUCAUAGCAGCCUUUCUAAGUGAACUAAAUUAUCCGACUACAAGUAUACAUGGAGAUCGUGAACAGCCAGAAAGAGAAAAAGCUUUGAGAGAUUUUAAAACCAAAAAAAUGAAGGUCUUAGUAGCCACUGCUGUGGCUGCUAGAGGACUAGAUAUAAUGGGUGUUACAACGGUAGUGAAUUUUGAUUUACCAAAAACGAUUGAAGAGUAUGUGCAUAGAAUUGGACGUACUGGUAGAUUGGGAAAUUCAGGCCGUGCUGUUUCAUUUUUCGAUCCAGCAAACGAUCAUGCCAUGGCUCCGUAUUUAAUCAAUACUCUUAAACUCGCCGAUCAAAAAGUUCCAGAAUUUUUAUCUCAGCAUGGUGGCGAAGUUCAGAAACCUUUAAGUCAGUUCAAUGACAUAAGAUCGCUUGCCCUUCAUGAGGGAAUACAGAGAAUGUUCCAGUAACGUCCGAGUAUGUCCAAGAAGAGGAAGAAUGGUAAUCAUAGAUUCCUACAACUACACCGAAUUCAAGCCAAAAAAAAAAAGUGAAGCAAUUUCAGUUAUGAAUUUACUUAAUUGUGAAUUAUUACUCUAUAAGCUCAAAUCGAUACAAUUUAACUUUUGCUACCAUUUAAUCAAACUAAGUUUUUUUUUCAAUUGUUUUUUUUAAACAUCACUGAAAAAAAUUGAAUUUUUACCUAUAACUAUAAUUUAUUAUUGUAUAACAUAUAUUUUUUUAGUUAUACUUUAUGAGUAAGGCCUGAAACUAAAGACUUAAAAAAAUAAUAGGUUUUGUUUUUAUUUAUUAUUUAUAUAUUAUUGUACAAAAUUGAAUUUUUACAUUUAAUUAUUAUUGUAUAUAUCAUAUUAAAAAUAAAUUUUAAGUUUAAAUUUAUAAACAAAAAGCCUGAAACUUAACUUUAAAAAUAAGUAGAUUUUAUGCAACUUUAAUCUCAAUCUGCAAGUUUGUUAACAUAUACAAUUAUAGUUUGUGUAUCAUAAUCGGAAUCGAGAAGUGAGUACCAAAACAAAAUGGUAUCUAAAUAAUAAUCUCUUUUAAAUUAUUCCAUUCAGCUAUAAUUUAUUGAUCAGUGAUCUGUGGAGAAUUAUAUUAUUUAUUUUAAUUUAUUAAUUUCCUACCUAAUAGUUAAUCUUUAUUGUUUUUACUAACAUAAGACUAUAUCGUGGUUUUAAUUGUUAACAAAUUAUUUAUUGUAAACAAUUUAAAUAUAUUGGUACUUUUACAGCAUAUUAUAAAAAUUAAAAAUAUGGUAUUGUAUAUUUUAAUAACUAAUUUUACUGCUAACACUUUAGGCCUUACUUAUUACUUAUUAGAUACAUAUUUAAGGUCAAAUACUAAUAGAAAUGUAUAAUUUUUAGCAAAAGUUAAAUUACUUAACUUAAAAUUAAAUCAUUGUUAAUUAUUUUGUUUUGAUUGUAAGUUAUAAUGAAAUAGUGCCAUACAUUAUACAUUUAUAAAUUUACUUAUAUGAUUUAUUGAUUUUUAUUGUGUUUUGGACAUAAUUAUUAGAUUCAGUUGUUAUAACAUUUCUUUGUACAACUAUAAAUGUGAUUUUUUUUGCAAUACAUAUAUUAUGUUGUAUUAUUUUUUAACCGUGUAUUUACUUUAGAUUAUAUUCAAAAAUUAAAUAACAUAUGCUAUGGUCAUUUCAAUUUCAAUUAUAUUGGCAAUGGUAACUUUACGUUACAAUUAGAUCAAAGAACCACUAUUUUGUCUUUUGUGUUAAAUAAUAGUAUUGUUAUAACAUAAAUAAUAAUGACUAUUAUUGUUAUUGAGUUUUAUUAUUUUAUGUGUUAAUAUUUGAUUAUAUUAUUGUAAACUUAAUAUAUAUAAAAAAAUAA